UCCAUCUUUCAUACGCAGAAUCAGAUUCUUCACUACUCAUAAAUAUUGAUGCAUCUCAUCACACUCUUUCACUAACACCUUCUCCUUCUCUUCGCUUCUCACAUCAGAGACUCUCAAUGGCAAAUGUGGUGGAACUCAAGGUUGGUUUACACUGUGACGACUGUAUCAAGAAAAUUCUUAAGGCCAUCAAGAAGAUUCAAGAUAUUGAGACAUAUAACGUGGAGAAACAGUCGAACAAGGUGAUUGUUACGGGAAAUGUUACAACGGAAGAAGUUAUUAAGGUUCUUCAUAAGAUUGGCAAGCAUGCAACCCCAUGGGAAGAAGCUCAAACCCAACCCAAUUGCUGAAUUCAACUUUUCUUUUCAUGAAGAAAAAAAUAUAUAAACUAUGGAGAUAAAUUAUAGUUCAUGAAGUCAACUUCUACCAUAUUUGUGGAGUUUGAAGAGCUAUAAUUAUUUUCCAUUUCAAUUUUGUAAUUCAUGACCUUUAUCUCAGAACAAAGGCAUCUUACAGAGAGACAUCAAAUGAAAUAAUUCAUAAUAAAAGCAAUUAUUCUAUUUA